AUGGACGCCUACGACAUUGAUGAUUUUGAUGACGUACCUGCGGACAUAUUGCCGGAAACGGAGGAUGAUUUUGGCUCCGUUGGCCCUGGGCUGAGUAUCAAUCAAAUGCGUUCGUUUAAAGAUGGUAAUUCGUACGCUAACCACUCUCAAGGGCUAUCGGAAUUGCCGGAAAGCUUGGAUGUUGAGAUGCCAGAAAGCCAAAAUGCAUCGCGAGUUCCCGAUGAAGCUGUUCAGACGCAGAAUCCUGCACAAGAUGCCCUCAACAAAGAAUCUACCCAGAUCUAUUACGAUCAAUUCCCUCCCGAUGACAUUUAUGUCCACCCAAUCGACUGGCAUAUGCGUGUUCCUGAUUAUGCCGAGCGCUUUCGCGAGCAGAAACUCAAUCAGCUCCGUAUUGCCGAAGCGGCGGAUCGGCUUGCUAAACGAAUCGAGGAGUAUCGGGUGCUACACCAAGCGGAAGCUCAUCGAGAGAUUUAUGGCGAAGGUCAUCUUCAGUUUGAAACAUCCGCGUUGAGGAUGAGAUUGAAAGAUGCCUCUAAAGCCGAGAUAAUGAAAGAACCGCCGGUGGACGGUACGCCAUGGAUGGGAGUUACGGCGGUUAACAGGGACGGGAAUCGCUCUAGGUUGUACCUUCGGAAUCUACCGAGAUGGCUGACUCGCUUUACUUCGAAAGAGCAGAAUUCUGAUGUCAGAAAGCAGCUUUUCAAUGUCACAGCUGUGGAAAAACUGCGGACAGAUGUGCUUCGGCUACGAACAACACGCAGAGAAGAAGAGCAAACGGCAGAGCGAUUGGCUUCGAGCGACUCGGUUGCCUCGCAGCAGCCCCUUGAAGAGACCAGUGCUGAAAGCAGCCUUUGGGUUGACAAGUACAAGCCAACGGCCUAUGUGGAUCUACUUUCGGACGAGGGCACCAACAGACUUGCUCUUUCCUGGCUACGUCUUUGGGACGAAUGUGUCUUCGGACAGAAGGCGCCUUCAGUGCAUCGUUUUCGCCAAAAGGAACAAGAGAUGUUGGAAGUCGAAGCUACCGCUCCUCACCGUCCGGUACAUAAGAUCCUGCUGCUAGCUGGAAAUGCGGGUGUGGGCAAGACUACGCUCGCUACCAUACUUGUGAAGCAUUCCGGCUACGGAUUUGUCCAUGUUAACGCCAGUGAUUCUCGGAAUACCUCGGAUCUGGAACGCCUAUUGCAUUCGGUAUCCGGGACUAAGCGCACGGUGGCCGGAACCGAAAGGCCUCAAGUUCUCCUGUUGGAUGAGAUAGAUGGAGCCCCCGGUGAGGCCAUCAAUUGGCUUUGCAAGGCAAUUUCGGCAACUGGAAAAAAGGCGUUGAAGAGGCCGGUCAUCGCGAUUUGUAACACUCUGUAUUCGCCUAAUCUUCGGGAGUUGAGGCAACACGCUCUUGUUUUGACGGUCAACAAGACAAAUGAGAGGCUUCUUUUUACACGGCUCGAAAGGAUCGCAGAAACGGAGAAGCUGCGCAUUGAGAAUGCAGCUCUAGAGAAAUUGGUGGAAUGCACAGAGGGAGACGUUCGAUUAUCGGUGAACACGCUGCAAUUCCUUGGUCAAACUACCCGUCGCGACCAAGAAAUCAUCACCGAGGAGGACGUGACCAAGGCUUGUACACGCUUCUCAAAUGGGAACGCCUCAUUGUUUGACUGUUGGUCGAGCCUUCUGGAUUCGACUCGUCAUCACGACCGUCGUGGCGCUUUGACGGCUGAUGCUGCUCGUGUUUCGACAAUCGAGCACACAUGGAUGUUGAGCCGGGAUCAGAAGGAUCGUUUCGUCGUUGGGCUGCAUAACAACUACACGCGGCACCAUCCCCCGUUGCCACUCAACAAGCUCCGUCCGGCAUCUGAUUGCUUUGUGUUCUAUGAUCUCCUGAACACCUCGAUCUUGAAAAAGCAAGAUUGGUCGCUCGCCAAGUAUUUCUACGACUUCUACGUGCCGCUACAUUUUCUGCUGACCACACAUUCGAAGCUUCAGCUUGCUUACCCACAGACGGAUGCCAAUUGCGUGGCGAAGCUACGCACAAAUACGGACUGUGUCUCGUCGAUCCGACCUCAAUCCACGCUGACGCAUAGCGCACAAUUGGUAACGGAGGUGCUGCCGUAUCUUCUGGAGAUUGCGCAGCCAGCCAUUCCAAAGGGAGCGGCCGCGGUAUUGGCAGUCCGAAACAACAAGCUUUUGCUGCGCAUCGCAACCGUUAUGGACAGCUUUGGCCUAAAUUUCAAACCGUGCCGCGUGCAAGGCCGUGUCCAGGAAACCCAAUGGCUUUAUUCACCGCCUAUUGACGUCUUGUGCCUCUUCGGGAUACCCGGUUCAAGCCAUAAAUUUGUCGUCAACUCACUGCGUGAAGAGAUUGCCAGGAUGAUAGAGGCUAGAACAUGGAGGCUUGCUGAUGAGGACUUCGACAAAGAAAACACCCCAGCAAACGGCGCCCCCAAAGAGGAUACCCGGAAGCGAAAAUGGGCGGUGGCACUGGGAAAUAAUGUCCCACUGGCUUCCAAGAAACCUUCGGCCUCGACCGGCAUCCAAUUCGUACACAAGCCCUGCCCCUACAACCCGAGUCACAGCGCCACGAAUGAAGAUUUGGCGAGUCUUCCGAGCACGGCUUCUAACAUUCGAAACAUUGGAAUCAUCGCUCAUAUUGAUGCGGGCAAGACGACGGUCACCGAGAAGUUUUUGUACUUGACAGGUAUGACCAGCUCAGCGGGAAACGUCGAUUCGGGAACGACAGUAACUGAUUUUCUGGACAUGGAGCGAGAAAGAGGAAUCACGAUCCAAUCGGCGGCUGUUCAUUUUGAGUGGCUCGGGAAUAGGAUCAACCUGGUAGAUACGCCGGGACAUGUCGAUUUCACCAUCGAAGUGGAGCGUUCGAUGCGCGUUAUGGACGGUGUUGUUGUCAUUCUGGAUGGAGCCGUCGGCGUACAGGCCCAAACCCUUACCGUCUGGCGGCAGGCGGGAAAAUUUGGCCUCCCAGCAGUAUUUUUCCUGAACAAGUUGGACAAGAAGACGGCCAACUUCCAAAAGGCCUACGAUUCGAUCCAACAGAAACUGGGGCUGAAAGCCAUCCUCACCACGGGAAUCGUCACCGAUCAGUCGGGAAAGAUUGAUAAAAUCGUUGAUUUGUUAACGGGAAAAUCUUUGGACUUGUUGCAAACUAACGCGAAGUGGGAAAAGAUUAAGGGAAAUGACAAUCGACUGCUCGACAUUUAUAAUCAACAGCGCGAGGAGAUGCUGUAUGCAGUCGCCGACUGUGACAAGCCCUUUGCUUCCUAUUUCCUCGAUAAAAUCGAGGGCAAGGCCUCAAAAAUAACACAGGAGGAAUUGUUGAAAACGUUACGCAGAGUCACCCUUGAAAGAACAGGAAGUGUUUUGAGCUGCGGCACAGCUCUAAGAUGUAGCGCAAGUGUGAUCCCGCUGCUCGAUUCGGUCGUGUCGUUCCUCCCCAGCCCGGAAGAAAAGGAUUCGUACUCAAAAUUAUUUGGCGACAAGCUGAGCGCUUUGGUUUUCAAGAUUCAAAAUGACAAAAAGAAGGGACAGUUAAAUUACGUUCGCGUCUACACGGGAGCCCUUCGAAAUAAUUCGCAUGUUUUCAACUCGACGCGAGGGGAGCAAGAAGGUCCUAUCAAGUUGUUCAUCCCGUAUAGUGAUGAUUUGACACCAACGGCUGAAGUGACCACCGGUAAUAUAGCUGUCGUUUCCGGGCUUCACCAGACGAGGAGUGGGGACACGUUAUUAGGAUCAGAGGCAAUUGGUUGGGACGCCGCCUCCAAAUAUUCCGCCGAUGUCGGGAAGGAAGCGAGAAAAACAUCCCCGGCCAGCGUGAUUCGACAGGCGAAAUCCGAAAAAGAUUCCAUCAUCUUGUCUGGUAUCGAAUCCCCGGACCCAGUAUAUUACUGCAGCAUCGAGCCACCGACCUCAGCGGCACAACACGAAUUUUCCAGAGCCCUCCGCGAGCUGUGCGUCGAGGAUCCGUCGAUUAGAGUCCGGGAAAGCAAAGAAACUGGCCAAACGAUCCUGGAGGCCAUGGGAGAACUGCACCUCGAGGUCAUCAAGGAUCGCCUUCUGCGUGGAUAUGGCUUGUCGGUGUUUCUUGGACCUCUUCAGGUUGCCUACCGGGAGAUGUUGCGAGACGAAAUUGUUCACACUGCCACGGUAGAAGAGAGCUUUGACGGGCGCAUGCAUUCCGCCUCUUUGACUAUGCGCGUCAAUCCUGAAUCCGAUGCCCAAAAAUUCAAGCAGGUCACUUUAAAGCUGCCGGCGGAUGCUGGUUGCCAUAACGCGCUGCACAGCGGCCCGAUUCUUGGAUUUCCGAUCUCCAACGUGUCGAUAUCACUAGAAGGGAUCGUGGUUAGUGGCGGCCGAAUCAAGGUCCCGAUCUUAUCGGCCUGCGCGCAUCGGUGCGUCAGCGAAGCACUCGUGAAGGCCGGGGCCAGAUUGGCCGAGCCGGUCAUGCGGAUCGAAGUUAUGAUCCAGGGCGCCAGUUCGGAUUAUAGCACCCAGCCCCUACAGCAAGAACUCGUUAAUCGACGAGGGCAGAUCACAGAAAUCGUGACUGAUGGUCAGCGAUUCGUCACCAUUCACUGCUUGCUGCCGUUGGCCGAAAUGACUGGACUGGCCACAACCAUCCGGACAUUAUCGUCAGGCCUUGCAUCGUUGCAUGCCGAGGUGGCGGAAUAUCAAUUGCUGACGGAAUAUGAACAAUCCCAGGUCGCCGCCAAAAUACGAGGAUGCCCA